UACCAAACCAAAAUCUCAGGGUGACAUCUGUCAUCGGAAUUUACGCUGUUUUUUGACUGAGUGACUAAUUCCUAUUUUUUAUUAACAAUAAAUAUUGUAGUAAAGUGAAGAAGUCCGAAAAUGUCGUUCUUCGGCAAACUGUUCGGCGGCAAAAAAGAUGAAGCACCAACGACGGGAGAAGCCAUCCAAAAACUCAGGGAAACUGAAGAAAUGCUGCUAAAGAAACAGGAUUUUCUUGAGAAAAAAAUAGACGAGUACAUGAGUGUAGCUAGGAAAAACGCUUCUAAAAACAAGAGAGUGGCCCUACAAGCUUUGAAAAAAAAGAAAAGAUUAGAAAAAAACUUGCAACAAAUCGAUGGAACACUGACCACUAUAGAAUUGCAGAGGGAAGCAUUAGAAGGAGCUAAUACAAAUACAGCGGUGUUAACUACAAUGAAAAAUGCAGCGGACGCUCUUAAAAAUGCUCAUAAAAAUUUGGAUAUAGAUAAUGUUCAUGACAUUAUGGACGAUAUAGCUGAACAACACGACAUAGCCAAUGAAAUAUCGAAUGCAAUUAGUAAUCCAGUUGGAUUUACGGACGACCUAGAUGAGGAUGAGCUUAACAAGGAGUUGGAAGAGUUGGAAACUGAAGAACUUGAAAAAGGUCUUAUUGAUGUUCCAGGUCCCACAAAAUUACCAGCAAUACCCACAGAUGUUGAAGAGGAGGAUAAGGUUAAAGUUAAGAAGCCAGCCAAAAAACUUGAAGAUGAUGAUGAUAUGAAAGAAUUGGAAGCAUGGGCUUCGUAAGUGGCGAAAAGCUGUACCAGUAGUUGCAGUAUCGCAUGAUUUUUAAAGAUUCUAAUUUAACAGAUUAAGUACAUCAAUUUUGUAAGGAUUCAAAUUAUUACUCAUAAAAAAUUGAAUACAUUUUUGGAGAUUUCUGGUGCUUAAGCAGCUCCACAAUAUGAAAUACUGUACAUAUUUUGUUGGAUUUAUUGAGAUCUAGGUAUUGAAAAGCUUUUUAAGGAGUAGGUAUCUAAAUGCCUCUAUUUCAUUGAUUGAUAAUUCAUUUAGAAAUUUUGGUAAACAAAAGUAAACUUAGUUUGUAUAUUGAAAUAUUUAAAAUUUUAAUAAAAUAUAUUUAGCAGUA